ACAAAGCGCAUUGUCGACCAAACGCGUUUGCGCGCGCAGCUUUUUUGCGCAGUGGGUGAUAUGGCUGUUGUGAGUGGCGCGGCAGUGGCGCAUGCACUGGCACGCAAGCACAACGUACACGUGUCCGUGGCCUUUGCAGCCGCCAACACACAGCAUGCGUCGUCGGUGGAUGCUGCCGUGGAAGCAGUGUAUGAGUCGUGGCUGAGGUCGGAUAUCCACGGCACCGUGGAUGCGGGUUCCUUGCACGCAGCUGCAACGCUUCCAACCUUGCCGGAAACGGGCAAAUCGGCGCUUCCGCACGACUUUACCUUGCAGGUGGACUCCAUUCUGGACGUUGGGGAGAGCGCAUAUUCACAGCUGUCCGAGUGCCGCAAGCGUGCCGGGUUUGCGUCGCGUGGCGCAGACACCGCACUGCCAGGAGAUCAGCAGGAUGAGGACGACGGCGCCAUGGGUGCGUCGCAAGCGACACAAGCAGCGACACAAGCAGCAACACAAGCAGCGACGCAGCGCCGGCGCACGGGAAAGCAGCUGCUGAAGAUUAAGCUAACCAACGGCGUGCAGUCGAUCGUUGGCAUGGAGCUGAAGCCCUUGCCCUUUCUGCACAGGGAAGCGACACCUGGCACCAAGGUGCUCGUCAAGCGGGGCACGCGCAGCAUGCGCGGGCUGCUCCUGCUCACACCAGACACGUGCCGGCUGCUGGGGGGCGGGGUGCCGGCGCUCAUCCCAGAGAAGGGGCACGCAGCCAUCCUGCACAAGUGCUUUGGUCUCGAUCCAGCCACAGGCGCCGCCAUGGAGGAGGCCGACAACAGCAAUGACGACGGCGACGGCGACGGUGGCGGUACUGCUGCUCCAGCACCACCUCCACAACAUCAGCAACAACAAGAGCAACAACAGCAGCAACAGCCACGGACUUCAAUGUCAAAGCGAUCAAAGCGAACACCCUCACCUUCCAAGCGACGAAAGGCCGCCAGCAAGACAACAACAGCAGCGUCGUCGACCACAUCAUCCCGUGCAGCGGCACGCCGACGACCGUCCCUCAAGCGCAACACCACCAGUACAACCAGCGCGGACAGUACAACUAGCGCAGCGAGGGCACGAACGACGCCAAGGACGAUGGUGGGGACGCCAAACACAACGCUGAGCACGAGCAUGAGCAGCACGGACGUGUCUGUGGUUGAGAUUGAUGACGACGAUGACGACGACGACUUUGAGGCGGCGCUUGUUGGGAAUCUGGAGGCGUUUGAGCAGAUGAAGGGCGAGGAGCAACACGACAGCAGAGGGGCAGGGCGGAAUGGCGGUAAGGGUGACGCAAUGAAGAAGACACGUGCGCCGCCACCGCAACAUGCAACAGCGGCAGCAUCGACAGCGCCAAGAACAGCUGCUGCUGCAGUAGCACCUGCGAUGAGAACGGGGAGCGAGGGGAAGAAAAGGGCCGGCAGCGCGAAGCGUGAAGUGAAACGUGAAGCGUCGAUGACGAAACAGGAGGCUGCACCAGCUGCGCAGAGAACAACCACAGGUGCUGGUGAUCAACAGUGGAUCAAGGGGGAGGUGACGACGUUUGGCGAAGGACUGAAGAUCAAAGACGGGCAGUGGACCCUCGUUGUCUCCGUUCGUCCAGAGAGCGGCAAUUCGUUUGUGGCGCCCGUCGCAACAGAGUUUCUGGAGCGCUCCAUCGGACUCGAUGUCCGGCAGUUUAAGGCCAAACGAAAGGAAUCCAAGAGCAACCCGGCCCUCCGAUCCGCGCUGCUUGAGCGGCUGUCGAAGGUUGAGCGGGCGAUGAUGUCCAAGACGUCAUCGUUCCGCAUUGCAUCACGCGCUGAUGGUUCACACAUUGUCAUCGACCACGCCCCUUAGCAGCAGCACAACGCAACAUGCCUCCUCCUGCUGCUCCUGCUGUUGUUGAUGUCCACAUUGUUUAAUCGACCUGAUGAACGUUGCACGUCGACUGCAUUCGCACUACGUUAUUCUGUGUGUAUUUUUUUUUUUGCGCCACCGCGGCCCUGUAUUGCCUCGGAUCCCACCUUCGCGUGCACACACGCUUGCUUGAGCUGCUGCUUGCUGUUACUUUCAUGUAUUGCGAGCACGACUGCACUCGUCGCGCGCAUACAGUACGAACAUCACAGAGGAAGCACAACUGCCAGGCCAACAACGCAGCAGGAACACACACGACACACACACACACACACACAAGCAAAGCUGCAAGCACGAAUACGCGCAUACACAUGUGCACAACAACCAAUCUCAUCAUCAUCAUAACAUGCAGUUGCCCACACACUUGUCGCCUGAGUAUCAACUCACCAGUAAAACACAAUCGCACCACGAUUCUCAACAUCAAACCCAGCCCACUCGCGUGUGUAUG